CAUGUAGGAAUAGUAGAACUAUACCCCAAAAAUACAAAACAAGACCAGUAGAGAGUUGAUAAUGGAUAAAUUGUGAAGGGCUUGGGACGGUGGGAGCAGCAGACAGCGCCCAGCGAGUUGGUUGGGCUUGUUUUUAACCAUUUGGUUUCAUUCCUUGAUGCCUUUGUUUUCCUUUCGCUCUGACGGCUUACAUUCAUCCGUGGGCAGAGAGGCAUAGCACAGCAGGAGGCAAAGUAGUUUCUUCUUUUUUGUUGGGAAAUAGCGAAAUCGGUGGAUUUGGUGGGCGAUAGGAAUGUCAAACUUGUUAGAGUAAAAAGGAAGAAGAGAAUGGAUAUGUAUCAUCCAAGGCUCCAAGCCCAUCAUCAUCAUCAUCAUCAUCAUCAGGAAGAAAUGCUUAAUAAUCUCAAUCACAAAGGAGGUCUAGGAGAGCCUUGCCUCGUCUUGACUUCUGAUCCCAAGCCUCGUCUCCGUUGGACUGCUGACCUCCACGAUCGAUUCGUCGAUGCUGUCACUCAACUUGGCGGCCCCAAUAAAGCUACACCAAAGGCUAUCAUGCGGACAAUGAAUGUGAAAGGACUAACUCUUUUUCAUUUAAAGAGUCACCUCCAGAAAUACAGAUUAGGUAAGCAAUCAGGGAAGGAUAUGGGUGAGGGACCAAAAGAUGGGAUAUCAGCUUCAUAUCUUUUAGAAAGCCCUGGAACCAAUAAUUCUACCCUAAACUUGCCAACUUCUGACAUGAAUGAGGGCUAUGAGGUGAGGGAGGCAUUAAGGGCACAGAUGGAAGUACAGAGUAAAUUACAUUUGCAAGUUGAGGCCGAAAAGCACUUGCAGAUUCGCCAGGAUGCAGAACGAAAAUAUAUGGCCAUGCUUGAGAGAGCUUGUAAGAUGCUUGCUGAUCAUUUUAUUGGAAGUGGUGCAGUUACUGAAGCAGAUAACCUGGAAUUUAGUAGUAAGAUGCUGAGAAAUUAUUCUUUUGAUCCACUUGGAUUUUACUCCUCCCAAUCUGCUGAGGUGGUCAAUGGAUGCGGCCAAGAUGAAGAAAUGCCAUCUGGUCUGCAUUCUCAGAGGGCUGAUGGUUCUACUGAAAGCUGCCUAACUUCACACGAGAGUCCAGGAGGUUUGACAAUGGAAGUAUCUCCUGUUGAAGAGAAGAAAAAGAUGCUGAACUUGGAGUCAACAACAGGAUCUUUGAUUUGGGCCGAUGCCAGGGUUAGUCCCCAAGGGCUAACUGGAUAUGGCAUGUAGAGAUGUAAAAUGAGUCAUAUUCUUCUGUUUGCUUAAGUCGUUACAGUAAGUGUAAAAAUGCUGAUUUAUUUGUGUCCACUGAGUUGACAGGAAAUCGAAGCUUUGAGAUGACUGGAACAAGUCUGAAAAUUGUAAAUCCAAGUUGCUUAUGCUCUAAAUAUCAAACAUUUAGUCUCUUAAACAUGGCUUGUGCUGAUUUUAUGGGAAAUCCAUGUGAUCUCCGAAGUCCAACCUUGGAAUGCCUAUAUGUGUUCUUCGGGAUUUUUGGUUUUCAAUCUGUGCUUGUGUUAUUGCAGGCAAUUUUGGGGAAUGAAAAGUUAUGAUGCAGUGGAGGCGUGUAGGAUAAUGUGGAAAUUUUGGUUGUGCAGUGAAGUUAAAGUCUGCAAAACAUAUUUUUCCAAAAUAUAGUGGUAAGAUCACUGAGCAGCAUUAGCAGUCUGGGAAACGUUGAAGGGGACUAAGAAGCUCUGAAGAGUAAGCAGAAAGGAGAGCGUCCAGCAAUGUUGGAGGAUAACGAGCUGAUAGCAAAGGAUGGGAUUGAGGAAGCUGAAGUGAGCAGAUGGAUAUUGGUCUUGUUUUUUCAUUUGGUAUCAGGGUAUGGGAUAACAAACGCAGAAAGUUAUGGUGGUGAUUAAGGUGAAAUUGAAGCGGCGUGGCAUCACUCAUCAGGAAGUGGAAUAGUGAGGAUGGUUGGGCGAAUGGAGUCAUUGCAUGUGUUGAAAUGGAAUAUAGAACGUUGGUAUUGAUGAAUUGUCGAUUAAGAAUAUGAUUACAGAAGACAAAAAAUAAAAAAUAAAAAAGCAACUAGCAAGGCGGGGUGGAGAAAAUAAAAAUUGAAAUCAUCAUUCAUUCACGUAACAAUCAAGACGAAAGAAGACAGCAAUGGCCGGAAUCAUCGAGGGAAGGAACGGAAUAUAACUUGGUAGAUUCCGUGGAAGCCGGUCGCUACAUGUCAAUCUUGAAUUUCAUUAUCAUACUCCUACUUACGUUUGCUAUUAUUAUAACUGUGUAAACAUAAUUUCUCUUCUUAAUUAAUAAAUUUAAGAUGCGUGAAUGACGCACUAGACGGAGAGAGAGGAAGAAGAGCAGAUACAGAUACUUCCAAGUAUGAUGAAUGAAUGCCUACCUACAAAUAUUUGCAGUCGCGGUCCAAAAUUCUAAUAUAGGGAAAGUAAAAAUAAAUUGUUUAAAAGAAUCUCGUAAAAGUAAAUGAAUGAUAUUUUUACCUUACU